UUUGGGGAAAAAGCCACGUGCUCAAGCCUUGUCCCCGCCCCUCAAAAAGGAAGAAGCGACUAAGAAAGAAGUAGAAGAAGGGGGACUGGUGUUGGUUGUUUGCAAUAUGGAAUUUAAAAUCGAACAUCAGUGGAAUAGCUUGCCAAUAUCUCAUGAGCCAAUAAUAAUCAAGCUGACACCAGAAAAUGCAGGAAUACUUAUGGAAGUGAGUUCUCCAUUUUUCAAUGAUCCUCCAGCUCCUCCUGGCGAGUUAGGAAAACCAUUCAAUGGACUGUGGGACUAUGAGGUUGUAGAAGCAUUCUUCUUGAAUGGUCAAACUGAGCAAUACUUAGAAGUGGAGGUGUGCCCGCAUGGGCAGCAUCUUGUAUUGUUGCUUUCUGGCAAAAGGAAGGUAUGCAAACAAGAGCUCCCUUUAAUGUUUGAAGUGUCAAGAACAAGUACCAAAUGGAAUGGUAAAGCUCAUCUACCUUGGAGCUAUUUUCCACCAGCCUUUGACAAAUUUAAUGCAUUUGCAAUUCAUGGAUCAGGAGUUAAUAGAACAUAUGAAGCCCUGUACCCUGUCCCUCAACUUGAGAUCCAGAAAGGACAGAAGCCUGAUUUCCAUCGUUUAGAGUAUUUUAAAAGUUUUAACCUAAAGCGGUUAAUGGGAGAUGAUUGGAGGCAGCCGGAAUCAGAACUGUGGGCAUUAUGCAAUUAGGACAAGAAAUAGCACACCAACUAAUGUAAGACAGGAAAUGAAGUGGGAUGAUCAUUUUUUUGUGAAGCUCUACUUUUGUUUUCUAAUGGAUAGAAAUCAAGAUAUAGUCCACCUGUAUGUUUUAAUGAAUCAGUAAUGGAUGGCAUUUGGAAGAUGAGUGAAGAACAAAGAUUUUCCUGGUCUAUUAUGCUGGGUAGACCUUUAUUGGAUUCUGAAUAUUUACCUUUUUGCAGCCUGAGCAUGUAGUUCUUUCAUUUUCAGUAACAGUUAUUCAGCCUGCUCAUGAUAUAUUCCACUAUCUCUGUUUCUUGCAUUUUCAGUAAAUUAACAGUAACUCAUCAAAAGGAUUUAGGAUCCUAACAACUUGUCUUCAUGGAAAAUUUGUCCUUUGAACUUAAGCAAAACUAAAAAAAAAAUGGGAAAAGGGUGAAAUAUGUUUCAUUUAACUAGAAAUAUAUAUUGCCAAACUGUACUUUAUUAUUUAACUGGCUAAUUUGUGAGUUAUGACCAAGAUCUCACCAGAAUAACACAGCUUGACAGCAGGAGGACAUACUCCCAUGGGCAAUUAGCAGCCAGGGGAGGGCAAGGGUUGCCUUCACAGUGUUUGUGGCAAUUGUGCAGCAAAGAUAAAAUAACAACCAUCACAUUUCCAGAUCUUCAGAUAAUAUGUUGAAUUAUUCUAGCAUAUAUUGAAUGGUGAUGGCUGUUACUUUCCCCUGCAUGGCUGCAGCUAUAUAAUGCCUGUUUCCUUAUCUACUAAUCUGCCAUGAGAGCAUGUUCCAGCUUCAUCAAGGUGCAGUUGUGCUUGUGAGACAUUGUGCAAAGUUGUAUUGACUCCUUCUGAAGCUAGAGUCCUCCAGUUCUUGGUCCCUCAGACUAUUGGGGAGCUGGACUAUAGUAUGAAAAAACAAAUUCCUAUGCACAUUGCAAAGAUCUUAUUUGCCUUGUAAUACCCCCCCCCCCAACAAAAAACUCCUCAAUACAAUAUUUAAAACGAAGAAGAAUUUUAACCAACAUAAAUUUACCAGUAUUUUAAUGGGAAUGAUGGGCCUGCUUUUGGCUGAUAAGAUAGUCAAGUUAAUUAGGAUUGUUGCUGUGUGCCUUCAAGUCGUUCCAGAUUUAGGAGUCUAAAGCUAAGUCUAAAGCUUAGGACACGGGGCGGGUAAAUGACCUUGAAGGGCUGCAUCCUGUCCACAGGCCUUAGUUUGGGGACCCCUGUUCUAUAGUGUUUCCAGAAGUACCUACCUUGGCACAACUCCUCUGAGUAUUAUUUGCUUAAGAAGGCUCUAAUAAAUUUAUGAGAAUUUAUAAGUCAAAAGACAGUUUAAAGACACACACAUUCCAGUAUAUGUCAUCUAUAAGAUUUCCAGCUUCUAUCUGGUGAACUGAAAGCAAACUGUGCCUCUGUACAGUGUGUAUGAAACAGCUUUUCUUUUCUCAUGCUAAACUGAUUGUGCUUUGUGUAAAGAAAUCAUGAAUCGACAUAUAUUGAUUUGUACAUUUUUUUAUUCUGGUCAUUGACUGUUAUCUAUAUAUAUUCAGGUGCUUUUACGUUGUCUCUUCCCAUCAUACAUAGACCUGAGCUAGCUGUGCUCACUUUUAAGUCUGUCCUAUCUUCAUUUGAUUUAAACAUGUUUGUGUUUUAAAUAUAUUUUAGAUCCAAAUAAAAUACAAAUUUACAAA